ACAUCAUCCAACCCACCAAAGGUCAAUCGAUUCAGUUCUUCGUCUUCGCACUGCUUAACGUAGACGAUGGCCGCUAUUCUGUCUUACUUGCCUCCCUUUGAGGGUUUCCUACCCAAGUGGCUCUUCCUGGUCUCUGUCGUCUCUUCAGCAAACAGUAUUCAAGCGUAUCGGUCAGAUUCCUACGCUGCGGAGCUCUACAAUGGACGGUCCGCUGAUGGUCGCCCGUUAACCAACCCUUUAUCCUCUCGAACCUUUGGCACCUGGACUUUCCUCUCCGCAGUGAUCCGAAUGUACGCAGCUUACAACAUCACAACUCCUGUGGCAUAUGACCUUGCUAUAUGGACUUUCGGCAUUGCCUUGGUGCACUUUGUUGGCGAGUGGCUGGGUUUUGGUAGUGCCCAACUCAAGGGGCGGUUCGUGAGCCCUCUGAUUGUCGCCUCCUCGACCCUGGCUUGGAUGUUGACACAGAGGGAAAACUAUCUUGCCGCCUAGCUUUCUUGUUCUUCUAAACGCGACACAUUAUCUAAUCUCUCGAUAUACGAAAUCGUUCUACCCUACCCAAUCCGUGACAUCUCUUAGCUAUCGAGCUUCUUCCUAUACAGCUCUCCUCC